UGCGGGCGGAUGAAUAAACUUUUUCUUUGGGAUCCGGCCGCGGACUUGUUGACGUGACCGAUAGAGCCACGGCCACUACUCUCAACCCCUGGCACCGAUUCCAACUUUAAGGAUUUAAUUAUGGAAACAAAACGGACGGACAUCAUUAACAACAAUAAGUCAGUUGUCAGACGCUUUCGCGGCUGAUAUCAGAAGGAUGGGAAGCUUUGCCACUUGCUGAUUAUCCUCCUCCGGGUCUUUUACUUGUCAUCCUUCUUCCAUGUCAAUGCCUCCGCAAGGCGAUGGAGAAUACAAGCCGCCAGUGUCCCCCGCUCCCCCCGUCCCGCCGAGGAGGCUCCGAAGUCGGGAAAAGGGCGCCGGCAGGACCCGGUGGUCCGGAGCUGUGUUGGAGGGCGACAGAGGAGGGAAGCGGCGUGUGAAGUGUGUGCUGGUCGGGGACGGAGCUGUGGGGAAAACCAGCCUGGUUGUCAGCUACACCACCAACGGCUAUCCCACGGAAUAUGUCCCCACCGCGUUUGACAACUUUUCAGCAAUGGUAUCAGUAGACGGGCAGCCGGUCAAACUACAACUCUGUGACACAGCUGGACAGGAUGAGUUUGACAAGCUACGGCCUCUGUGCUACACCAACGCUGACGUCUUCCUGCUCUGCUUUAGUGUGGUUAGCCCCACUUCCUUCCAGAAUGUUCCUGAGAAGUGGGCUCCAGAGAUCCGUAGACAUGCCCCUCUUGCCCCGUUGGUCCUUGUCGGGACCCAGUGUGAUCUUAGAGAGGAUGUUAAGAUUCUGAUUGAACUGGCCAAAUACCGAGAGCGGCCUGUGGACCCAGAAGAUGCCAGAGACUGCGCUUUAGAAAUUGGAGCUGUGUCUUACAUGGAGUGUUCCUCUUUGACUCAGAAGAACCUGAAAGAAGUGUUUGAUGCAGCCAUUCUGGCCAGCCUGCAAAAUUACAACUCCCGCAAUCGCUCUGGAGGUAAACAAAAACGACAACAGCAGACACCGGACAAAAUGAAGGACCUGUCUAAGUCAUGGUGGAAAAAGUACUGCUGUGUGGCCUAGAAUAGACCUGUGAAGGAUUGAGGACUCAAUAUUAUCUUGGUUUUGAGACUAAUUUCAACCAUAGACCUGUUUGACCCUAUCCUGGUUUGGAUUAAGCUGGGGUUGGUCUUGCUUGGGCUAGUCAUAGGUCAGUGAUCAUAUUUUCCCCAGGAUGGAAUCUACUAUUGAGCCUUGUGUGAUUCUAGCAGAACCUGUACUGGACAAAGAACUAUACCUCUACAUGACUUAGAAUGGAUAUGGAAUAUAUUUUGGAUCUGAAGCCAGAUUCAGUCCUUUUCCCAACUGGUUUUAAUUUUAACAUGGUUCUGGUACAAGUACAGUACAGGUCCAUUAGUGGAGGAGGUACUACUGUGUGGCCUGCCAUGUGUGAACGGAAACUCCAAAUUAAGUCUGAACCUUUCUUGUAUUGGUUUUAGACAGGUUCUUGUCCAGUGGUUCUCAAUUAUGCAUCAUUACCAACACUACACCAGGUAAAUUCACUGAUUAGUGCACCUUCAGCCAGAUGGGACGACUAAUCAUUGAAAUCAGCUGGUGCAGUGUUGGGUUGGGAGGCAAGUCUGCAUACGCAUGGCCCUCAGUGAUGCAUGAUUUAGGACCACUGCUCAAGUGGAAUGUUUCCUAGCUACUGUAAAUGAGAUAAUAUUGUAUGUCUUAGAAAGACUCAAUUUUAUCCAUUGCAAAAGACGGGGGAGGGGGGAAACCAAAGCCCUGAUAUUUUAGCCUGGUUUUAAUCUGGUUUUGAUGUCAUAUCAUUUGUGUUUAGAUUGAUUUUCUAGUAAGCCCCCCCCCCCCAAAAAAAGAAAACCAACAAUAAACAAACAAAAACAGCCAAGGUCUAGUGUUAUGAAGCACUGUUUUUCAGGAAGUGAAAUAGAUUGUUUUGGAUUUAAACACUAUACUGUGUGACCUACAUUAAGCUUUCGAUUCCCAUUCAUCUAAACUUUGGCCACUUUCUUACACAGCUCUAUUUUUCUCCCAUUUUUGGUAUAAGGCUCAUGAGUUGGACCAGGGCUGGCUCUAGACUAAUGGAGGCCCUAGGCAAAAUUUGUUAUUGAUAUAUCGUGUAAGAACAUUAACAUUCAUUCCUUUGUUUGUUAGAGAUGAAAAAUAAAUGAAAGGAUGUGUGAAGCCCUUGGCACGUUUCUAUUCAGCCUAUAGGGAGCACUGGCCAUGAUAGGCUGUACUACUACUAGAACUAGACGGGGUUCAUAACCAAAGCCUUCCACAUCGAUCAUAUGAUUUUUAACUUCCUGACUCAAAUCUGAUCACUGCAUAGGUAGACAUGAAAAAGUCACAUGAGAGUCACUAAGACUAGCCCCUGUCUGGAUUUUACCUGGCUCACUAUCUACUAAUUUGAUGCCUAAAAUUAUCAAGAAGGUACAGUUGUGAGAAUUAAGAAGUAGCUGGUAUUGUCUAAGGAAAAAAAAAGUAGACCCACCCCUUUCUUAAUAGCCUAGUUCGUAUGGUUCCAAGUCCAAUGGACAAGUUACUACAGUGACUCUUAGAAUAUUUUUUUGCCUAUUAAUUUUUAUAUGGAAUAAGGAUGGGGGAUUACUCUGAUCUUAUUUCAUAUUAGAAUAACAGGAACAGACUACUGGAUUUACAUUAGGUAUGGUUUUUAGUCUGGUCCUUUUUAUAAAAAAUUGUUUUCGAGUAACCUUGCAAUGUGUUGUUGCUGUUUGGUCCAAAAUAAUUUGGAAGCUCGGAGCUGGACCUUGUAGUAGAGUGAUAGUGGACACAACCAAUGUUUUGGCCAUAUAGGUCAUGGGCUGGAUCAUUUUGUCAUUAACAGUUCUUUCUUUGAUAGAAAGUAAAUCCUCAGGUCAUUGCUCAGCAUCUUCUUCCAUUUUUGAGAAAUUUCCAUUAUUGGAAUUCUGGAGCAGUGAUAAAACCACACAAAAAAUAUAGUAGGUAUCUAAUUCAUGGAAAAGGACCUUGUAUAAUAGUGGAAAGAACACAUGUUAAAAAUCACUGACAAACUUUGGCUAUUUUUUCCCCCAUGUUUCACAUAGAUUGGUAGCCAUAACAGAACUCCUCCAUCUCACAUACAGCGCAUCCGGAAAGUAUU